AUGGCAGUAAGUGGACUGAUUAUCGUUAUGUUGGGAUCUCUGUGGACGGGUUGUUCUUGUCUGUCAGCCGAAUGUCGGGUACAGAAGGAGAAGUACUCUGACACACUGUGGGUUUACUGUAGUCAUCUAAACCUUACCACGAUUCCCGAUGACAUGCCGUCUAAUGCUGGACGAUUUUCUGCCCAGUACAACAGCAUCAGAAACGUAACCUGCCUGCCUUCUCUACCGCGACUGCAGUUGCUGGACCUAGGUAUGAACUCCAUGGAAUCGUUUUCCUGGAUGUCUUUGCGUAAUCUGCCAAAUCUUAGGUUUCUUUAUCUAACAGAAAACCGGCUACGGUACGUGCAGUUUGUCGGCGUCAUUGAGCAUCUGCCGAAGCUGCAAACCGUUGAUUUAAGUAACAACAAGCUUACGUCUCUCUCUGAAUACGAGCUGGGGUGGCCACAGGUGAAAGAAGCCAGGAUCGGUUGGAACCCGUUUCACUGUGACUGCGAUCUGCUCUGGCUGAUUGACAAGCUAACAUGUCUACAGUCUUGCGGGGAAGGCGACCAGACCUGUUGCUCGUCCUGUGCAGCCUGCUUUCUCGUUUAUAGUCUACGGAUUGGACGGUUUCACUGCCAAAGUCCGAGUCGACUGAAGCGGGUCCCUUUAUCUAAGGCGUCUGCCCAGCUGCAGGAGUGCAGGGAGCAGACCACUCCUUCAACAACUAACUGUCUUUGGAUUUUCCAUGACGUGUCGGUGGCAUCAAAUUGGACCAUCAAAGCCAAUCAACUCGUCGGUCUGGCACAGACCAUGCCAACAACUAUCCUGCACAUAACUGCUAACAACGAUACCAAGUGCAGACCAACUGAAUGUAACAUUACCAUGGCUGCAAAUCCUACUGAGGGAUCAGGUCAUGUCAAAACUUCUUAA